AGAACUGCGUCGCGUGCACUGGGAAAAUAACUAACAAUGCCAAGGAAAAUAUAUAUCACAGAAACAAUUCCAUUACUUCCUAAAACAAAGACCAGAGCUCCAAUAACGUCAGAUCUACCAGCGCUGGAAAUAUCUCGCCGCGCGGUUGUAAAUAUAGUAUGUUGUUUGAGAUGACAGUAAGACAACGUAGCUUGGUAGAGUUUAGCUUAUCGAAGUAGAGAGGUAGAGGUAGAGGUAAAACACAGAGCACCGGCCGAUACACGAUAUCAGAUAUAAAGCAGAUUCGCAGUGGUUGAACCCUCAGUUACUCGUUGCCAGCUAGCAGGUGACGGUAGUCGAAAUAUUGAUUGGAUCCACGUGCGUUCUUUUAAAAUUUUUAUUUAAUUAUGUUGUCACUGUGGAGAUCAUGCUGUAUUCAAAUCCAGCAGAGAUGGGUGUUUGCGAUCAUGGGAUUCCUGGCUAUUUUCAAUGCCUACACCAUGCGGGUUUGCUUGUCAAUAACAAUAACCGAGAUGGUAGUAACGGAGAGUAAAAACGAGUCGGCAGUUACCGAUGAAAACAGUUGUAAAAGUGAAAUCCAUCAUCUGGACCCACCGGUAAAUUCAACCAGUGGUACCUACCACUGGGAUGAAUCGCUCCAGGGUAUUAUCUUGUCGUCAUUUUACUGGGGUUACGUGUUGACUCACAUUCCCGGUGGUAUGUUGGCUGAAAAAUUCGGCGGAAAGUAUUCACUAGGCCUUGGAAUAUUGUCUACUGCAAUAUUUACACUCCUGACACCGCUGGCAGUUGAUCUAGGUGGAGCGACAGCGCUCAUUGUCCUGAGAGUUUUUAUGGGUUUCGGUGAAGGCACGACAUUUCCUGCAUUGAAUGCCAUGCUAGCUCAAUGGACACCUCCCGAAGAACGCUCGAAAAUAGGAUCACUGGUGUUUGCUGGUGCCUUGUUGGGAACUGUCUUUACCACUUCAAUAUCUGGUGUGAUAAUGCAUUACUCGACAGUCGGUUGGCCCGCAGUCUUUUACGUAUUUGGUAGUGUUGGUGUUGUUUGGUUCUUUGUGUGGAUUAUUGUGUGUUACAACAAUCCCAGCGAGCAUCCCUUUAUAUCAGAAGGUGAAUUGAAAUUUCUUCAUGAGCGAAUGAGCGCACAUACACACAAAAAACCUCCAGCGGUAUCUUGGCGUCAUAUGUUUACCUCCGCGCCAGUGUGGGCAUUGAUAACAGCACAGAUUGGUCAUGAUUGGGGCUUCUUUACGAUGGUUACUGAUUUGCCAAAAUACAUGAGCAGUGUUUUGAAAUUUUCCAUAAAGAGUAACGGCUACUUGUCGUCAUUGCCCUACUUGAGUAUGUGGAUCUGCAGUAUUCUGAGUUCUUGGUUCGCUGAUUGGAUCAUCACUGCUGGACAUUUAUCCCGCACUAAUGUACGUAAAAUAGGAACGACCAUAGCUUCAGUAGGACCUGGUGUUUUCAUAGUAGCGGCUUCUUACGCCGGGUGCGACAGUUUCACUGUCGUCGCGAUGUUCACCAUCGGCAUGACACUCAUGGGAACUUUCUAUCCCGGGAUGAAAGUAAAUGCACUUGAUCUGAGCCCGAAUUACUCUGGUACCCUGAUGGCUGUGGUAAAUGGGGUCGGUGCAUUCACUGGGAUCAUUACUCCAAUCGUAGUGGGCGAACUAACACCCGACAAUACAAACGCCCAAUGGCGACUAGUCUUUUGGAUUGUUUUUAUUGUUCUUAUUGUUACGAAUCUUAUAUUUAUUUUGUACGCAAGCGGUGAAGUUCAGCAUUGGAACAACCCGGAAUUCGUGCACGCAGAUCGCGCCAAAAGGCGGAAAAAACAACAAGGACAAAUAGAUUCACGAUUACCAUGAUAAUUUAUAUGUAAUACCGUUAACUAAUUAAUUAAUUAAUUAAUUAAUAUUAUUGUUAUUGAAUGUGACUGCACCUGGAGGAUCAAUUUAUUUAAAUAAUUAUAAAUAAAUUGAUCAAUCCUGUGGGCUAAGAACCAAAUAUUGUAAAUAGAUCCUGUCUUGUUAUUCGUAAUUUUAUAAUUAAUAAAUUUAAAUGCUGUAUUAUUAUUGUUAUUAAAUGUAUUAUUUAUAUAUAAGAAAAUUUAAAUAAAUAUAAAUUAAUUUUUA